AUGUCGACAAGUCGAGGCAGCAUCGUCACACUAGCAUCAGCAUCCAUUGGCACAGACAAACAGACUGUCCAUGUGGGACAGUCUGACUCGUUAGACCGGUCCUCUCACCAGAUGCCCGGUCGAAACCAACUGUCCUCGCAAGACUACGUCGAGCUGACUCGCAUUUCCCGCAAGAAGGACGACAUCGAACAACACAUUGAUGGCCUGCAGAGAUGGCCAGCAUGGGAUCCUUUCCAAAAUGUUUCUACCUACUCGGCUGACCUCGACUGCCUCGAGCACAGCAAAACGACCCUUGAUGCUAUCACGAGCAAUCUACAGAGUCGCAGAAAGGAGUGCAGCCGUCUGGAGCGCGACGUGGACCAAUUCAAUCUGGAAGACAUGAAGCGACUGCGUACCGUGGCAAAAGCCGUUUCGAAGCGUCACCUGUCUGGUCCAGACACUGACCUCUUGGAGCUCGCACUCGAGACCGUGUUUGCGCUCGACAGGCUUCUUCGUCUAUUGCGCGAGCGGCAGCAAGAGCACGAAGUGACGGAGCUGCGGCUGCAAUGGGAGAGAAUGGUUUGCUCGAGCUGGGCAGAUGUCGGAGACCUGCGUCGUGACAUCAAGGCUUUCGAACAUAAAUGCAAAGCAUUGGCGUGUUCCAAGCCAAACUCGCACUCCUUAUCAUCCUCCCAAGGAACUCAGCGCCAGCACGAGGAUGUAAGGACCGCAGUAAUUGAUGCACAACAUGACUCGACCGAACAGCGCAUGCCAAAAUCGACCAGCGCCUCGUCAAGUCUGGCCAUGGAGUCGCUCAAGCUCGAGUCUUCUCGCUUGGUUCUCCGUAUCCGUAGUUUCGAAACCGAGAAGGCUCGUCCCGCUGGCAAGCUUUUGGACCUUCUUAUUGACCAAAGACAAGUUCCUGAAAAACUGAUCGACGAGCAGGAAAAGCUCGAAGAUGCCCUUCCUCACCCCUCUUCCGUCGAGGCCAACUCUUUGCAUACCUUGUCACUGCUGGGGCAAUCCUCUGUUUCGCUUUCUAGUGACCACGACCCAGGAAAGUCAUUGGCCGCAGAGCUCGAAAGCAAGAACCUAGUCCGCGCCGACGAAUCUAAGCUUAUCAAUCCGUCCACUUCUGGAAGCCUUUCCGUGCAAACCCUUGCCACCCCUCAGGAUCGGCUUCGUAACGUUGGGUCAGCAACCCCUCCCCGCAAGGGUUCUGCUUCAAGCUUGCUUGCGACGCCUGUACGACACGCUUCAAAUCGGUAUCGCUCAAAUCCUCGUGAUGCCCUCGACGUGGCGAUUGGUGACAUUGUCAAUCGCUUGUCCAUCUCUGUCUCGAUCACAAAUGCCUCUCUGACGGGAGGUGUGACGUCUGCUCGACCGCCUGGGCUCCAAGAUCUGAGCGGUCAGUACUGGAUUGGCGAUCCUGACCCUCGUCUUUGCUUCUGCCGGUUUCUGCCGUCCAACUUGGUCAUGGUUCGCGUCGGAGGCGGCUGGCAGGAACUCUCGGAAUUUCUGAUGCAGCACUAUGCCCAUCUGAGCCCGCGAGGCGCCCAUAGUGAUGGAGGCGAAUCAAGUGGAAGACAGACAUCCAACCUGGCUUGGAUGCGGUCUGCCUCUGGCCCGGUAGGUUCGCCACGUCUCCGGACCCGUUCGUCCGUAAGAUCACUACGAUCGCACGAAGCGAUGCACACAGGCACUCCUCGGUCAUCGUCGCGGAUUGUUACAAUGCCAUGCAUGAGGAAGGCAUCCAUUAUGACGCCGGUGAACGAGGGCAGCGCACAACCCAAUUCUAUCACCGAGCUGCACCAAGUGCCCUUCGAGUGUCGAGACCGCGGCUUUUCCCCAUCCUGCACAUCUUCUGACGUGCCUUCUAGCAAUUCUUCUUCGUCCAUUGUGAUCCAUCCUUCAUCUCCGUCUUCGUCCGCUUCAUGA